CAAACUUGCGACAGUUGGAACCGUUAACGUCCAGAUGAGCGUGCGGCUCCGCUCGCCUCGCGCUGUAACGCAUGCGCCUGGUGGGUAUCGGGAAUGGCGCUAAGUCGGUGCUGGAGGGCGCCAUCGUGAUGGGAUCCGUGCCGGCGACUAUGCCUCAGUCCAGCUCGGUAUGAAAUCGGUGUUGACCAGGACGAUGAGCAGCGCGGUGGGGCGGCUGCUACAGGCUCGCCAAGUUUUGUGUGUCGCUGAGAAAAACGACGCGGCCAAAAGCAUCGCGGAGAUCAUGUCGGGCGGUCGCUUCCGAAGGAGAGAAGGACUUUCAAAAUUCAACAAGAUAUAUGAGUAUGACUAUCAUCUGAUUGGUCAGAAUGUUGCUAUAGUAAUGACCUCUGUCUCAGGUCACCUCCUUGAGUUGGAGUUCAAAUCACCAUUUCAGAAAUGGCACAGUUGUAAUCCUGUGACUCUCUUUGAUGCUGAGGUGGAGAAGUACUGCCCAGAAAACUAUGUGGACAUUAAGAGAACUCUGGAACGAGAGGUGAGGAAAUGCCAGGCCCUGAUCAUUUGGACUGACUGUGAUCGUGAAGGGGAAAACAUUGGAUUUGAAAUCAUUCAUGUGUGUAAAGCAGUAAAGCCGAAUCUACAAGUGCUGCGAGCUCGAUUUUCUGAGAUUACACCUCGCGCAAUCAGACAAGCCUGUGAGAAUCUGGUAGAACCUGAUCAGAAAAUAAGUGAUGCUGUUGAUGUAAGGCAGGAGCUGGAUUUGAGAAUAGGCGCCUCAUUCACCCGGUUUCAGACCUUAAGACUACAAAAAAUAUUCCCAAAUGUGCUAUCAAAUCAGCUGAUCAGCUAUGGUAGCUGUCAGUUUCCCACUCUGGGUUUUGUGGUUGAGCGUUUCAAAGCGAUCCAGGCUUUUAUUCAAGAAACAUUCUAUAAAAUCAAAGUCACCCAUGAAACGGAAGAUGGCUGUGUAGAAUUUAACUGGAAAAGACAUCGUCUCUUCAACCACACGGCAUGCCUUGUACUUUACCAGAUUUGCAUGGAGGAUCCAGUUGCGACUGUAAUUGAUGUCUUUACUAAACCAAAGAGCAAAUGGAGGCCUUUACCCCUUGACACUGUGGAAUUGGAGAAAUUGGUUUCAAGAAAACUGAAAAUCAAUGCAAAGGAGACAAUGAGGAUAGCAGAGAAGCUCUAUACACAAGGAUACAUCAGCUACCCUCGCACUGAAACCAACAUCUUCCCCAAAGAUCUGAACCUUUCUGUAUUGGUGCAACAGCAAACCAUGGACCCACACUGGGGGGCGUUUGCUCAGGGAAUUUUGGACAGAGGUGGGCCAACACCGCGAAAUGGAAACAAGUCAGACCAGGCCCAUCCACCUAUCCAUCCGACUAAAUACACUAACAAUCUGCAGGGAACCGAGCAACGUAUUUAUGAGUUUAUUGUGCGUCAUUUUCUGGCAUGCUGCUCCCAGGAUGCACAGGGACAGGAAACCACAGUCGAGAUAGACAUUGCAGGAGAGCUCUUUGCUGGUCAUGGUUUAAUGAUUAUUGCACGGAAUUAUCUGGAGGUUUAUCCAUAUGACAAAUGGAACACUAAGGUUAUGCCUGUGUAUGAGAGAGGCAAGAAGUUCCAACCCACCACUAUUGAGAUGGUUGAUGGAGAGACAAGUCCACCUCAGUUGCUAACUGAAGCUGAUCUUAUUGCUCUAAUGGAAAAGCAUGGCAUAGGAACUGAUGCUACUCAUGCAGAACAUAUUGAAACUAUCAAAUCCCGAAUGUACGUGGGCUUGACAGCUGAUCAGAGAUUCCUCCCAGGAGAAUUAGGCAUGGGCCUCGUAGAAGGGUACGAUUCCAUGGGAUAUGAGAUGUCAAAGCCAGAUUUACGAGCUGAGCUUGAGGCAGAUCUGAAGCUGGUUUGCGAGGGCAAGAAGGAUAAGUUCAAUGUGCUUCAUCAACAAGUUCAGAAAUAUAAGCAGGUGUUCAUUGAGGCUGUGACAAAGGCAAAAAAGCUGGAUGAGGCUCUAUCCCAUUACUUCGGGGAGGUGACUGAAGUGACACAGUCUGAGGAGUUCCUGAUGGAAAUUUCAGAACCUGUUCGAAAAUGUCCUCAGUGUGGGAGAGAUAUGGUUCUCAAACCAAAGAAAGGUGGAGGGUAUUACCUUUCAUGUACGGGGUACCCAAAUUGCAAGUCUGCAGUCUGGUUUCCUGAUUCUGUUCUGGGGGUCAGCAGAGAUGAGAGCAUAUGUCCCACGUGUAAACCACACCCUAUUCACAGGUUAAAGUUAAAGUUUAAACGAGGUAGUGUGCCUCCGCUGGUCCCCUUGGAAUUUGUUGGUUGUAUUGGAGGAUGUGAUGAAAUGCUGAGAGAGAUCUUGGACCUGAGGUAUUUACGGGGAGCAUCACAAUCAAACAAUCAAAUUAUCAACCACGUACCACAGAGAAGGUCAGAGAACAGAUCGUUCCGGGAUCACAGGAGCACCCAGUCAAAACCUCAGGAAGUGGUUUUCAAGCCAAUGUCCAGGGUUGUCCCUUCAAAUGUGGGAUCUGACGAUAAUGUAGUUGUGUGCAAUUGUGGCCAGAAUGCACUUCUACUGACUGUUCGGAAAGAGGGACCGAACCAGGGGAGGAGGUUUUAUAAAUGUAAUGUUGGCAGUUGCAACUUUUUCCUGUGGGCUGACCAGGAUGCAAGUGACUCAGGUUGUGGAGGAUCAGUUGGUAGAGGGAGUACAGCCUCUAGUGCAGGGAGCUUUCGUCAAGCUGGGAGCAACGGAGCUUCAAGUGGAAGAGAAGCAAUGUGCACUUGCAAUCAGCUAGCAGUGACACGCACAGUGCAGAAAGAUGGACCUAACAAGGGUCGGACAUUUCACACCUGUGCCAAACCCAGAGACCAGCAGUGUGGCUUCUUCCAAUGGGCUGAUGAGAAUGUUCCACCAGGGAUGACAAAUAAACGGACUGAUGGAAACACCUCCAGAAACGGUCCAACUGCGAAAAAACCACGAACAUGUGGCCUGUGCCACCAACCAGGACAUACAAGGACUAAGUGCCCCCAAAACCGCUGAUUCUCCCCCAACACUGAUGUUUGGUAAUGAACUGGAAAAUACUGGCUACAGAGAAAGCUGCAGCUUCACUGGUCUCUAACCUUUAUGACCAAAACCAACUGAAACCAUGUGAACAGCUCUACUUGAGUGCUGGCAGCACAUUAAGAGUGUCCUCCUGGAUUCACUAAUACAGAACUUGGAAUGGUGCCUGUUGAUAAGCUGCUAAAGUACAGCUACACUGCUAGUCUGGGAGAUGAAUUUGCAGUGUGAGGUGACAGUAAACUUUGUGGGCCUCAUUUGUGUAUUGUUCUGAGUGCCCAGUUGAAGAAUCUGAAAACAAUAUGGACCCCAUUAUAAAAUCCAGUAAUCAAAAGUUUCCUCCAUCUGUGUAUUUAAUUCCUAAAAAUGAUGAUAAAUCAGAUAAUUCUGGAGAUGAUACAUUUUACAUUUUUGAGAAUGGGAGUUGGAUAUUUGAAGGAUAGUGGAUGAACUGAGAUUGAAGGAGAACAACAUUUUUUUCAGAUGCCCUUUUGUCUGAAUUCUAACGGAUAUUGCAGCUCAGGAGAUAAGGAUUCUAUUUCAGCUUUUCAUGUUAAGAUAGGUUAAUGUUUGUCAUAUUUCAGAGUUACCUGUCACUUGCAGUUCCAAUUCAAGACAUUCAUAUCUUAGUUGGAAUCAAUCAUCAGGAAAUAUCACCCAUAGAAUUAAAUAGCUUUGUUUCUGAAACAGAUUGGUUGCAUUAGUACGUUGCUGUACUAGCUGCUGGGAGUUCCUUAUCACGUUAGAGACAGCCUUACUGAUUUUAGUGUGGUGCCUAUAUGAAACUCACCCUCCGUAUUCCUGUGAUUUGUGGGAAAAGAAAUGAUUAAGAUUCUAAGCUUUCUGGGCUUCAUUUGUGGUUGACAAGAGUGUUUCUGCUUUACAACUUUGGGAUUCAGUUCUUAUGGAUACAGGGUUCACUGUUGAAGUUCAGAUUUAUUGGAUACAGAUCUACGGUAAAGCACUGUGGGACUUGCAUACCGAAAUAGUUCUCUGAUGGGUGCAAGUCUGUUACUGUAGACUGGGGCAUAGUGCACACAGGUAAGUUUCAUUGGAUAAUACUUGCCAAUAGCACUUGUGGGUGCAGCUUUGUUCGUGACAAUCUGUCAUAUCAAAACAUGCUGUCAUGUUUUCCUCUCUGUUAAUUGAGUGAUAAUACUCCCCUGGUUCCGCUUAGUGUUUAUUCUUAUUCUGUAUUUCUGUAAUGCUCACUUUAUUAGGUUUCUUCCACUGUUCACAUGUAGCUGUUUCCCUACAAACAUGGCCAUUACGAGAUGUGACUGGCUCUUCAGGGUUUUGACUUGGGUCUUAAGCUCUCUGUGAUUAGCUCUGAAUAUUAACCCAUGACAAUUAUUAUCAUCAUGCAAGAACUUGCAGCUGUCACUUAAACAUGAGAUCUGUUCAAUUACAAAGCAGGUAGCAGACAACAUAGCUGGAAGCAUAUAGAACCUUGAGAAUAAAUUAAAAUAUUGAAAAUUGGUUAUAUUUUAAUACUAAACUAUUGUGUACUCUGGUAUUAUUUUUAAAAUUCUAAUAUUAUAGAUGAAAUUUCUUUUCCAAAGAAGUUGGUUUGUUUUCUUGACAUUUGAUGUGAAAGCGUGAUGUCCAGGGAAUGUAAUUGUUAAACUAUCUGUCUCUUGUAUGUUUAUUACAUAGAUUCCUCCCAAAGUAGAAUAUUUUGCUAAGGACAUGAAGCCAAUUUGUAAUUCAUUGUCAUAAUAUCAGCUUCCUCAACUUUACAGAAGAACAAAUAAGACCAUUUGGCUCCUUGAACCCAUUUUACCUUUUGAUGAGAUUGUGAUUAAUGUCUAUGUUAAUGAUUUACUCAUCUUCUAUAUUGACAGUUUCAGCUGCACAUGUGAUGCUGCAUAAACUGUCCAUUGCAUAGUUCCCUCCAAUUUUCACUCAGACUGACAGCAUUUUAGUAUAUAGGCAUUUUUAAUUAUAUUUGGAAGAACAAUUGGCAAAGCAGCAUUCCACUAGUACAUUACCUUAAAUUGUUUUAAAAUAGUGUUUUGAUUUUUUACAUAAGCCUAUUGAGGUCAAUUUGAUUUUGAAGCUAACCAAAUCAAAACAGAUCAGCAUCUUGCUGUAAUCAGAACUCUUUUCUGAUAUUAAGUAACAUUCAGCCUUUAGUUCUUACACUAAGUAGAAAUUGAACCUUUUUUGGUCAUUUAUUUAUAAUUGCAUUAUGAAUGUUCAACAUAAUUGCAACAGAUUUGCCCUAUUAUGGAUUUGGUCUUUGAUAAUUUAAUACAGAUCAGUCACAAUCAAACUGAGUGAUGGAGUUUGAUGGGGCUGGGUCUGUCCUGGUGUUCCCAUGAUUUUGUCUGAGCAAACACAUUGUUGUCAUCAAUUUUGUUUCUUUUGACAUUGGAAUUUAAGUCUUAUGGGUUACUGGUUGUUCUCUAACUGAGUGGUAUGUCUGGCAAACUUUGAACAUUGUGUUCUGUUCUUGCAUCAUGCUAUCUGAAUAUGUGAUGACAAGUGUUUGUUUGUUCUCUUACUAGGAGAAUAGAGAUUUAAUUCUGGUUUAAGACCUUCCUGUCAGUACUUAUGCGUAUGUGUUCUGUUCAUACAUUAUAUGUCAAAACUGGAGAAUUUGUGAGCUAGCGAGGGCAGGAGCAUUGUCAGAAGGGACUGUCUGCGAGCCAGUUCUGGAUUAUCUAUUUGUACUGAAGUUGGUUAAUUAACUGAACUCCUCAUCAAAGUCUUGCCCCAUGAUACAACUAAAGAGGUGGAGGAAGAACAGGAUAUUGGGAACGUAAUCCUGACAGACAUAAAUCACCAUUCCUUGAUUGCUGCUGGGUCACUGUCCAGGUAUUUUCUCCCUAAUACCACACCGUGAGCCUACGUUACAGCAUGGACUGUUGUGGGUCAAAGAGAAAGUUUAUUGCUACCUUAAGCCAAAUUAGGUUUAGCAGUAAAUAUCAAUGUUGCUUCUUACUUUCCAACAUUCUGAGAACAAAAUUAAAAUAAUUUGCACCAAGGGCCAAAAACACAAUUAAUUCCAAUUACAGCUUAUUGAUGAAUCAUUGAUUGAUCUUAAUUGUGCACUUAAAUAGUAUCUGCUAAGUAUGGUAAUUGUCAAUUAUGAUGACAUUAGUU